UUAUUUAAUUCUUUUUGUUUAGCCAGUCAAUGCUUUCAAACAGGAUAAGUCAUUCUCGUUGGGGUGACACCAAUGGAAACCCUUUUCAACUUUUCACACUAUUUUCCCUUUUGUUUCACUGCUUUUCUGGGUAUUGCUUGCACCAAUUUUCCUCUUAAAAUCUGUAUAUUUUCUCUUCCUUUUCCGUGUGGAGAAGAUUAACAAAGACCCUUUAGCUUUGUGUCCAUAUGGGGUCUUGUUUUAGUUCUAGAAUCAAAGCUGCUGAGAGCCCUCUCCACCAUGGGGUUAAUUUAAGCAGUAAAAUGUCGCCUGUUUCGGUGCCUAGAACAGAGGGGGAUAUUUUGCAAGCUUCUAAUUUGAAGAGCUUUAAUUUCAAUGAUCUAAGAACAGCUACGAGGAAUUUCCGACCGGAUAGUGUUUUGGGUGAAGGUGGGUUCGGUUGUGUUUUCAAGGGUUGGAUUGAUGAGAAUACAUUUACAGCUUCUAAGCCUGGUACUGGCAUGGUUAUUGCUGUCAAAAGGCUUAACCAGGAGGGUUUUCAAGGCCACCAUGAAUGGCUGGCUGAAAUCAACUAUCUGGGUCAGCUUGAUCAUCCUAAUCUCGUGAAAUUAGUCGGUUAUUGCUUAGAAGACGAUCAUCGGCUUCUUGUUUACGAGUUCAUGCCGAAAGGCAGCUUAGAGAAUCAUCUUUUUAGAAGGAAUUCUUAUUUUCAACCACUUUCUUGGAACCUUCGGAUGAAGGUUGCUCUUGGUGCCGCCAAGGGCCUUGAAUUUCUACAUUCUGACGAGGUGAAAGUCAUAUAUAGAGACUUCAAAACUUCGAACAUCUUGCUUGAUUCGAACUAUAAUGCAAAACUCUCUGAUUUUGGUCUGGCCAAAGAUGGACCAACUGGUGAUAAAAGCUAUGUCUCAACUCGGGUCAUGGGAACCCAUGGCUAUGCAGCUCCUGAGUAUGUAGCAACAGGCCAUCUGACUGCGAGAAGUGACGUGUACAGUUUUGGGGUUGUUCUUCUUGAAAUGUUAACCGGCAAGCGAGCAGUAGACAAGAACCGACCAUCUAGAGAACAUAAUUUAGUUGAUUGGGCUAAGCCUUACCUUACUAGCAAACGUAAGUUUUUCCAAAUUAUGGAUGCUCGUAUCGAAGGCCAAUACACACCUGAAGCGGCGUUAAAAGCUGCUUAUCUUGCAGUGCAAUGCCUAUCUACAGAACCGAAGGUUAGACCGAAAAUGACUGCAGUAGUGAAAGCACUAGAGCAACUUCAAGACUCCGGUGGCGACAAAGGGGUCCAUCAGAAUGCAGCAGUUCAUAGUUCUCAUCCGACUUCGAGGUAUGCUCUGAAGAAAAAUCCCGACGGACUCCAGCCAUCUGCAUCUCCAUUAAGUACAUAAAUCUGAAAACAGUCCGAUGCAUUGCUUUUAUUAUUUCAGAUGGUAUUCUAUCUUGAACUCGAACAUAUAUAUUCCGGCUACUGAUCACUGUACAGCUCUCGAAUUCAAUAAUAUCCGAAAUCUGAAUGUUCUGUUUGGAUUCAUUUUGUGUUAUUACCGGUAAAUGAAUGCAUGUUUAAAGAUGUUUAUAUUCA